CAGACAAUUGCGAUGCUGCGAGCAGCGUGCAGCCGCGUCGUCGCCGGGACUACCGUUCUUCGUCCCUUCGCGAGAAGUGUCCACAUCACAGGAAAUCAGGUGCGCCCUGGUGUAGCCAUCGAGGUCGAUGGGAAGCUCUAUCGCGUGGUCAAGAGUCAAUCGGUGAAGCCAGGGAAGGGCGUGGCGUAUAUGCAAGCCGAGCUCAAGGAGCUAACGACUGGACACAAGAUCAACCGUCGCUUCCGAUCGUCGGAGUCUGUGAAGAAGGCACCAUUGACCAAAGACCGCUCGUUUCAGUUCCUCUACAAUGACGGAAACAAACUCGUGUUGAUGGAGCCAUCCACGUUCGAACAGCUUGAAGUGGGAACGGACAUUUUGCAAGAAAACCAGCUCAAGUACUUGAGCGAAGGAACUAUGGUGACCCUUCAAAUCGUCGAAGGAACACCUCUGUGGAUGAAUUUACCCGACCAUGUCGUUCACAUUGUCGAAAAAACCGUUCCUGGUGCUGGGAAUGGCAAAGAAGCGACUCUGACCAACGGCACCCAGGUUCAUGUGCCCGCUGCCGUCGAAGUAGGGGAUUCGAUCAAGAUCUCUUCAGACACGGGGCUAUUUGUCGAAGUGGUUGCUGCCUAAGCUAAGCUUCCACAAUACAUACGGCCGCAGCACAACGUGCCAACCAUGCGGAACGUCGCGCCACCGCGCUCGGACUCUUCUCGUCAAUUGAAAAUUUCGGUAGCGCCCGCUCGAGGAGGAGGAUUUGGGUGCCUUACCCGGUGAUUCCUAUCAUUUCUCGCAAAACCCAGGGUCAACAUGCUCAAAUUAUUGCAGUAGAGGAGACUGGCCAGAGUUUAGUGUAUUUUUUU